AUGGUGUAAUUCAAAUUCCGGAAACUCUCUAUCUCGAGCCAACUGCUCUAAUAAAACUGGUCGAGCCCACACAGUAAGAGUAGCUGGUACAAAGAGAACAGAGAUUGGAUGCAAUUUGUUCACAAAUUGAGUAGUGUUUUUUUUUUUCUUGGGUCUGAAUAUUAGCUUUUAUUGCGUGGGCCUUAAAGAGAACUAGUUUGGACAUUUGAAGCCCCCCCACAAAUCAGGACCGGGUUAGUUAUUCAGAAACGGGUAGCCAGUAUGGUUUAGAUAAUUUAGAUCCUUGAACCUUUUCUGAGCAAUUUCUGAUUUUUUGACUUUGUGACUUGUGAGAGAAGUAGAGAACGAUACGUAUCAUGAUGUAGUAGUUGUAUCUUGUAUGUAGUCCACGGUCAAGACUGAAGAAGAGGCCUAGUCAAAAACCCUAUCUCUGCUUUCUUCUUAUGGUAAUUGAGAAUUGGGAAUCAAAUUCAAUAGUACCCAAAUCCACAAUCAAGAUACCAAAAAUGCUUCAGUGUCUCUCACUCAAGUCUUCAUCAUCAUCAUCAUCAAAAACUUCCUCUGCUGCACCACCGGCACCACCGCCGCCGCAGAAUUUUCAAGAUAAGCUUAAUCUGCAUCAAGUUUUCUCAACGCACACCACCUGUUUGUCUAAAUGCGCUAACCGGUUUUUUCGUUUUUGGUGUACAGGGAAUUCCACGGAGGCCGUCUCACCUCAACCCUCACCCACUAACAUCAACUUCAGUCGCGAAUACACCCGCACCGUCCAAACCAAUUCCUUCAGCUUAAUGCGUUCCAAAAUUCAUCAUUUGCAAUCACAAUUACACGAACAAAACGGUGAGAUUCACCACCACAGCCACAGCCACAACCAUGACCAUUACCAGUUACUAUUAGCAGAGUUACUUGACCCCAACAAAGAAUGCGUAGAAGAGGCACUUAGUCAUGCCAAGACUAGCCCCUUCACCACUCUUGUCAAAGACUACUUUGAUCAUAGCGAAAACACCACCACUCUCUGCCUUUUCUUACACUUUAGUGUCAUUCGCGCACGUGCCCUUUAUACUCCUCUUCAAACCCUCCUUGAAGAUCUUAAUCUAGGGUCUUCCCUCUCCCAAUCCCAAUGCAAUCACAUCUUCAACUCAUUAGUUAAAUUUGAUCGCCUCGACAACCCUUUUCCAUCCCCUGACUCUCACAACUUCAACCAAAUGCGCCAAUGCUAUUCCCAGCUCAAACCACAGCUUGCUCGCCGCCUCCGCAAAUCCUGCUCUAGAAUUCACCUCAUCUGCCACGCCACAACUGGGUCUGCCUUCUGUUUCAUCUGCACUGCUGAUGGAGUUGAUCACAAAGAAGUUGCUGGUGUAGCGCAGCUUGAGGCUGCUACUAGGGGCACUUUUAAAUUGGACGAGGAGCUUGUCACCAUUAAGUGCCUCGUUGAUAGUAUCAUAGGUGCAGUUGACAAUCACAAGUCCCUCAUUCGCAUUGCAUUGGAGAGGGGCAACGAAAAGCAUCCCAUACAAGAGGUGAUGAAACGCCUCCAAAUAGACCAAGUCAGUUUCCAGCGCAAGCUUGAAGAGCUUGAGGAACAUAUAAACCGAUGCUUUAUCACCAUCAAUAGGGCCCGAGCUCUGCUCCUCCAGGAGAUCUAUGGUCAUCAAUAUUCAAUGUUGAGAGAUUGCAGGCAUAGACAAGGAGCUGACUUAGCUACUAACUCUCAUGAAAUAUUUGUAUACAGUCCAGGCUGAAGCUUCAACUGUGGCUUUAAGGUGCAAAACUGUCAAGAUAUUCUAGUGAUAUUUUCAACUUCAUUGAUCUGAGAAUGGCUUCAUACCAUUAUCUGGUCUAUGUGUCCUUGUAUUGGGAGACAACCAACUAUGAGCCUAUGUGAUUACAGAACACAAUCAGAUACUUGAUAGAAGAUAUCGCCAACAACACUCACAAAGGAAGAUGCCCAAUUGUGAUCUCGAACAAAAUCAGAUACUUCAAAUAUCAAAGUGAGUUGUGGCUAUGACCCAGAGAAUGGAGGAUUUUAAGAUAUCAGGCCGACAAGAAUCUUGGAGGAAGAUAACAAUUUGCCCUAUUUGUGACCUUGGAAGAUGGCUAUUAAAGAGAUCUGUUUUGCAUCAAAGAUGUUAACUCUGAAUUUAAUGAAUUAUUGAUCUUUCAUAAGAGAUAUCCAAGUUUUUGUAAGGUUAUAAAGAACAGCUUCAUUAUUUUAAAAUGAUAACAAUGUGUUUGAGACUGUUGUUAACCAUUAUUGUAAAUUUAGAAGUGAAAGCUGGGGGCUGUUCGCUGACCCACUAGUCAGA